AUGUCUUAUAUCUCUACGGAGUUGUCGUCGACAUGGCUGAGAUCUCCAGUGAUACAGUGUACGCUAGCCAAUGAGGCGGGUCAAUCCCCACCCUCCGUGACAAACAACCCUAUCGAAUACAUCGAUGGCUGUUUGCUGAACAUGGCCUUACGGGAGAAGAGGAUCAAGGUCGAGAUCAAAGAUGGGUUUGUGGAACAAGAGAGCCGUUGUGAAAGACAGACGAGUGGCUUAAGAAGUGAAAUAAAGAAGGACAUGGCCGACAUGGAGGUAACAUUGGGAAACAGGUUUUUGGAGGAGCUGCAUCGAUCAUUUAGCGGUUUUUUCGAUCGAGUGGAAAGAGUUUUGGAGGCGCAAGAUGAUCGUUCGAACGCUCGCUUCAACGGCGUGGAGAGAUCGCUCCGGGAUGGGGCAGCUGCCCAUCACAACGCCAGGGCAAUCUUUGAAAAUGGCAUCAUCAACCGACUGCAUCACAAAAUCAUUCCUCCUCAAGUCCCCAAGCUUCGUACGGACGGCGAGGUGGAAUGGCGGUCUUCUUCAUCGAUGCCCGACACUGUGGGGGAGGCGUACUUUCUGGGUCAACGAGCAAAAGGGAAAUUCAUCUCUGAUCGAGAUCUGGAGUUGCUUGCCAUGAAAAAGGAUCACAAUAAAUCUGCCCGGGACAGGGCGCAAGGCGUCAUUAAAACGCUGUGCGUUUACUAUGACGCUGAACCCCGCGGAGAGCAUCUAGGUGAAGCGGACGGCAAAGAGAUUUGGCUGAAAGAUGAUGAGAGCGUUGACCUACACAUGGAUGCGUUUCUGAGGAAGUGUGGCAUGAGAUGGCCCCGGGUCUAUGAAUGGGGGGAGGUGGUCCGGGUCCAUGAGAGGGAGGAGGCGAGUCGGAAGCGCAGUGUGUCAUCACAGGCUGGGCAUGAGGCUUCAGAUGAGACGGGCUCUGAUAAUAAGAAGAGGUCCCGGGAGAAUUCCGCCAGAUUGAGUCAAUAA